AUGCCAGCUGACUUUUCUCAGCCGGUGCCCAUCAGCACCGGCAUAGCGCCGGCCGCGCCAUAUGUCCAGCGACCGCCUAGUCCACCCUACAUCCACAUACCAACGAUUUUCUCCGAUGGCCACAACAGCAUGUCGAUCGUGCCUGCUUUCGACAACGUCGAUACCAGCAGCCUGACAACAGAUGAUCUGGAGGUUAUUACACAGGGGAGAACACAGAUUGCUCAUGACAGCGCCCAAACGUGGAAGUACGAAUCGCGUCGUCAAGCGCAAGCCGUAUUGGAUUUCAUCUAUCUGGGGCCGUCUAGUGUCGCAAGGGAUCGAGCCUUCCUGCAAAGAGAAGGCAUCACUAUGUUACUCGCUGCUCGGGACGCUUCGAUGGCAAACAUCAGGCUCAUGAGCGUGGAGCGCACCGCAAAAGAAUUGGGACUGGAGUCAGCCUACAUCGACGUGUCUGGCCAUCAGGAGCUGAUUCGCGCCUUCCCCAUCGCAGUCAGCAAGAUCAAUGAGCACCUUCUCAGCGUAUACCGCAGCCAGGCUAUUCAGAGCCACCAUGCUAAGAAUCGAUGUGCAGAGGGCGAGAUGAUCAUCGAUAGCAACAACUUCAGACGAGGCAAGGUGCUUGUCUUCUGCGAGACUGGCAACGACCGCUCAGCCGCCAUCGUCGCCGCGUACAUCAUGACGGUCUUCGGCAUGGACAUGGUCAAGACGCUGCAGUUUAUUGGUCUUCAGCGCUUCUGCACCAAUUUCGACGAGGAGACGAAGCAUUGGCUCAAGUCGUAUGAGGAUAUCCUCGAGGCUAGGAGAAUGGUGGCCAGGGGACUGGAACAGGCUGAGGCUAGAGGCCCCAGCCCGGCUCCUUCAAGAAUGCCGUCCAAAAGAGGCAUUGAUGAUACUAUGGACGUGGAUGACGACAACCAGGGUAACUCCGCCUUUGCUCUGGACAUGGAUCGCUAUAUGGACCGACCUGCCUUCGUCCCAUUUGUGGAAAAGAGUGAUGUCGUCCGAUGA